AAAUUUUCACAGCUGUUUUCCAUCAAUCGCUCAUCAUAUGUGUUUCCAAACAUUGCAUUUUAGCUGAAAUUUACGAUAAUGGGUACCACAUAUGCACGAGCUGUUCGUCCCGACGUAACACCUGGCCCAGAUUGUGUACCUACUUUUGAUCCUUUGUUGGGUGCACCAAACCGAAAAGAGCGUGUUAUGAAGGCAACCACAGAUGAAAUGGUAUCGGCAAAAUUGCCAUUGGCCGACCGUGAUUAUUGUGCAGAUAAAUUACUGAAAUAUCGUUCCUGCCGUGCAGAUGUAUUCCCCUUUCUGUACAAGUGUCAUCAUGAGAAACACGAGUACAUGACAUGUGAAUUCGAAGAUUACGUCUUGCGUAUGAAGGAGUACGAACGUGAGCGAAGAUUGUUGGAACGCCAAAAGCGUUUGGAUGGUGCCGCUUAAUGUGGGGUCCAGCCUCAUUUGUAGUUGAAUACGAUUCUAGGAAACUUGAAUAGGAGGUUCUCUUGGAAUUUAUUUGGAAAAAAUGUUGAAAUAAAAGAUGUGUAAUAAUAAAUCGCUAUUAGCUAUAAAA